UAUGCUGCAAUUCUACGAGGGACUCUGUCAUUGGUUUUUCUCUUACGAAAACAAUGAGCAUUUUCAUGGUACUACUCUACGAGCCAUCUUCCAUUAUAUCAUACCUUUGCUUUCACAGCAGUUUAUUGAGUUCCUUCCGAUUCUAUAUGGUAAUCAUCCUCUUCCUCUGCAAAAGCCCUUACACUCACAGAAGCUCAUCUUCCUCAACUUUAUAUUACCAGGAAAGGCCAAAAAGUUAAGUGAGAGCACCUUCCUUGCUUACAAAAUUUAGAAGCCAUUUCUUCCGUAACAUCAUAAUGCUGUUUAUCUUGCUGUUCUUAUUCUCAUACAUGACUACAACUUCAAUUUCAUCAGACACUUUAGCAGUGAGUCAAUCUAUCAGAGAUGGUGAGACUUUGGUUUCUAAAGGUGGAAUUAUUGAAGUGGGUUUCUUUAGUCCAGGAAGUUCAACAAGACGAUACUUGGGGAUAUGGUACACAAAUGCAUCCCCUUUGACAGUGGUGUGGGUGGCCAACAGAAAUAACCCUCUUGAGAAUAACUCAGGAAUUCUCAAACUCAAUGAAAAAGGGAUUCUUGUGCUUCUCGAUGGCACAAACAGCACCAUUUGGUCAUCCAAUAUAUCCACCAAAGCUGUGAAUGAUCCAAUUGCUAAUCUCUUGGAUUCGGGAAACUUUAUAGUGAAAAGUGGACAGGAAACUAACGAGGGCAACAUCUUGUGGCAGAGUUUUGAUUAUAUGGGUGAUACAUGGAUGCCAGAAAUGAAACUUGGAUGGAACUUAGAGACUGGUCUAGAAAGAUAUUUAUCAUCAUGGAAAAGUGAAGAUGAUCCUGCUGAGGGAGAAUAUUCCCUAAAACUUGACCUAAGAGGAUAUCCUCAAAUAAUCAUAUUCAAGGGACAUGAUAUAGAAAAGAGACUAGGGUCAUGGAAUGGCUUGUCUCUAGUUGCAAAUCCAGGUCCAAGUUUUGCAACGACACCAAAUUUUGUGUUAAAUGAAAGAGAAGUGUAUUAUGAUUACCGUCGUCUCGAUAGCUCGGUCUUCUUUGUGUAUAUCCUGACCCCAUCAGGCAUAGGGCAGAGUUUUUCUUGGACAACUCAAACAAGCACCAGGCAUGUUGUCUCAACUGGGGAGCAAGAUCAAUGCGAAAAUUAUGCCUUUUGUGGUGCAAAUUCUUUAUGCAAUUAUGAUGGUAACCAACCAAAUUGUGAAUGCCUGAGAGGUUAUGUUCCAAAGUCUCCUGAUCAGUGGAAUAUAUCAAUUUGGCUCAAUGGUUGUGUUCCAAAGAAUAAAUCUACAUGCAUAAACAGUUAUACAGAUGGGUUCUUGAAAUACAAAUACAUGAAAUUACCGGACACAUCUUCAUCAUGGUUUAGUUCAACCUUGAACCUUGAUGAAUGUCGUAAGUCAUGUCUUAAAAACUGUUCUUGUACAGCAUAUGCCAAUUUAGAUAUCCGUGAUGGAGGAAGUGGCUGUCUACUUUGGUUUAAUAAUCUAGUCGACUUGAGGAAUUUCUCUCAAUGGGGACAAGACUUGUAUGUCAGAGUCCCUGCUUCAGAAUUAGAUCAAGCUGGCCACGGAAGCAACAUAAAGAAGAUAGUAGGAGUCGUUGUUGGUGUCACUAUUUUUGGAUUAAUUGCCACAUGUUUAUGCGUAUUUAUUAUUAGACAUCCAGGGGCUGCAAGAAAAUUUUGCAACAAGAAUUACAAAAAUAUACCGAGAGCGGAAGAUAUGGAUUUGCCAACUUUCAAUUUUUCAGUCAUAGCUAAGGCCACCGAAAACUUUUCAACUGAAAACAAGAUUGGAGAAGGUGGCUUUGGACCAGUACACAAGGGCACACUGAUAGAUGGGAAAGAGAUAGCUGUGAAAAGGCUUUCAAAGAACUCUGGACAAGGGUUGAAUGAGUUCAAAACUGAAGUGGCAUUGAUUGCCAAACUUCAGCACCGUAAUCUUGUAAAGCUUCUUGGUUGCUGCAUUGAUGGAGAAGAAAAGAUGUUAAUUUAUGAAUACAUGCCCAACAACAGCUUGGACUACUUUGUUUUUGAUGAAACCAAAAGAAAGUUCCUAGCUUGGAGUAAACGUUUCAACAUUAUUAGUGGCAUCGCUCGAGGACUUCUAUAUCUUCAUCAGGACUCUACGCUGAGGAUUAUUCACAGAGAUCUAAAAACUAGCAAUAUUUUACUAGAUGCAAAUUUGAAUCCUAAAAUAUCAGAUUUUGGCUUGGCUCGAUUAUUGUUGGGAGAUCAAGUAGAGGCAAACACAAAUAGGGUGGCUGGAACAUAUGGUUACAUACCCCCCGAAUAUGCUGCGCGUGGACAUUUCUCAGUGAAAUCAGAUGUUUUCAGUUACGGUGUGAUAGUGCUAGAGAUUGUAAGUGGAAAGAAAAAUAGAGAAUUUUCAGACCCAGAACACGACAAUAAUCUUCUUGGAUAUGCAUGGAGAUUUUGGACUGAAGAGAGGGCCCUGGAAUUACUGGAUGAACUAUUAGCAGAACAGUGCACGCCCUCUGAAGUCAUAAGAUGCAUACAGGUAGGUCUAUUAUGCGUGCAACAAAGACCGGAAGAUAGGCCAGACAUGUCGUCAGUGAUUUUAAUGUUGAAUGGUGAUAAACUAUUGCCAAAGCCCAAGGUUCCUGGUUUUUACACUGCAAUAGAUAUUUCAACUGAUGCAAGUUCUCCAUCGGCAAAUCACAAACCGUACUCGGUGAAUGAACUUUCCAUCACAAUAUUAGAUGCAAGAUAAAGAAUAGAAGCAAGAAUGUGAUAAGGCUUCACCUUCUAAUGUGGGAUAUAUCGGUUAUUUGAGCAUACAGUCAAAUUGUUGUUUGAGCUCCUGCAUUAUCUUUGUUCAUGUUGAACACCUGCCUAUAAAAAUUGAUUGAGUUAUACUUUGUUUCCUAGUUUGUAGAGAUUUUAAACUGUUUACAUUCUAAAUAUUAGACUGAUAUGAUUCUUUUCUUAAAUUUCAAAUAAAAUUGUUAUGUCCGUAAAAUAAGGGACUGUAAUGAGAUA